AUGUCUUCCUAUGCCUUUCCCCCAGGAAUCCACGUACCAUCCUUAACCUUCUUCCAGCCCACCGCCUCCCAAGAAAUUGACUGGGCUACCCAGGAGGCCCACUUCACCUUCCUCAUCUCAUCCGGUCUCCAUGGUAUCGUCAUUGCCGGCACAAAUGGCGAAGCGGCAACCCUCUGCUCCUCCGAAAAGACGAAGCUUGUACAAACCGCCCGGAGUAUUGCCCAGCGCCUCGGUCGUGAUGAUCUACCCAUAACGCUCGGUGGUGUUGCAGGUUGUACUCGAGAUGCCAUACAGCAGACUAUCGAGGCAAAGGAAGCUGGCGCAUCGUUUUACUUGGCGCUUGUGCCAAGUUAUUUUCAUUUUGCCAUGAACCAGGACGCUAUUGUGAGCUAUUUCCAAGAGCUGGCUGAUGCAUCUCCGGUGCCAAUUGUUCUGUAUAACUUUCCAAACGUGGUUGCAGGGCUGGACAUCAAUUCCGAGAUGCUGAACAUCCUGGGCAAGCAUCAAAACAUUGUGGCGAUAAAGUUGACAUGCGGUGGUAUUGCAAAAGUGGCUAGAAUAAGCGCUUCGUUCGACAAGUCGGAGUUUGUUGCGCUGGCUGGUCAAAGUGAUUGGCUCAUUCCGGCUCUCAGUGUAGGGGGGGUGGGAUGUAUCACGGGAGUGGCCAACUUAUACCCAAAGAUGUACUCUCUUUAUCAAUCUGGUCAGCACGAACGCGCCUCCGCACUUCAAAUCAAGCUAUCAGUCAGCGAAUGGGGCUUCGGCAAAAGCGGUAUAAACGGUACAAAGUACGCAGUUGCACACAAACUUGGAUAUCCCGAUUCCAGCGCCGAUUGUCGGCGACCAUAUCCUCGGUAUACAGAUGACGACAAGAAGGCUUGGGUUGUGAAGCAGGUAUCUGUGUUGGAUAAUACUGAAGCGGAACUAUAA